GAAAUCAGGAUCAGAUUCACCUUCAGACCAAACUAACAACUUCCUCUGAGUGAGUUCAGCUACAGGAGAGAAAAGUGGAAAACUACAACACUGCUGCUUCAACCUGCUGACACUCCACACACUGAAGCUUCACUCAGAGACUAAAUGGCUUCCAGAUCAGAGGAGGAUCUCUGCUGUCCGGUCUGUCAUGAUGUCUUUAGAAAUCCUGUUCUUCUGUCAUGUAGCCACAGCUUCUGUAAAGACUGUCUGCAGAGCUGGUGGACAGGGAAAUCAACACAGGAGUGUCCAGUUUGUAAGAAAAGAUCUUUGUAUGAACCGCCUUGUAACCUGGUGUUGAAGAACCUGUGUGAGGCCUUCUUACUGGAGAGAGAUCAGAGAGCUUCAGAGGCUCUCUGCAGUCUGCACUCUGAGAAACUCAAACUCUUCUGUCUGGACCAUCAGCAGCCAGUGUGUCUCAUCUGCAGAGAUUCAGAAACACACUCCAACCACAGAAUCAGACCCAUCAAUGAAGCUGCACGACAACACAGGAAGAAACUUCAGGAAACUCUGGAGCCCUUAAAGGAGAAGUUAAAGGGUUUUGAACAAGUUAAAGUGAAGUUUGAUCAAACAGCAGAACACAUGAAGCUCCAGGCCCGACGCACAGCGAUGCAGAUUAAGGAGCAGUUUAAGAAGCUUCACCAGUUUCUAGAAGAGGAAGAGGAGGCCAGGAUGGCUGCACUGUGGGAGGAAGAGGAGCAGAAGAGUCAGAGGAUGAAGGAGAAGAUGGAGGCUCUGAGCAGAGAGAUAGCAGCUCUUUCAGACACAGUCAGAGCCACAGAGGAGGAACUGAGAGCUGACCACGUCUCAUUCCUGAUCAACUACAAGGCUGCAGUGGAAAGAGUCCAGCAGCGCCCCCUGCUGGAUGAUCCACAGCUGCUCUCAGGAGCUCUGAUAGACCAGGCCAAACACCUGGGCAACCUGAGCUUCAACAUCUGGAACAAGAUGAAGGACAUUAUCUCCUACACUCCUGUGAUUCUGGAUCCAAACACUGCUAAACCCAACCUCAUCCUGUCUGAAGAUCUGACCAGUGUGAGACUAGGAAAGAGACAGCAGCUUCCUGAUAAUCCAGAGAGGUUUGAUAAAUACCCCUAUGUCCUGGGCUCUGAGGGCUUUAACUCAGGGACUCACAGCUGGGAUGUCGAGGUUGGAGACAGUACAGACUGGGUACUGGGAGUGUUAGCAGAGUCUGUCCAGAGAAAGGGAGACAAACUGUCUGGAUUAUGGGGAAUAGGGUUCUAUCAAGGUAAAUACUCAGCACGGUCACUACCAGAUCCAGCCACUGAUCUCGUACUACAGAAGAAGCUCCAGAGGAUCGGAGUGACUCUGGACUGGAACAGAGGAAAGCUGUCAUUCUCUGAUGCUGAUACUAACACACACAACACACACAUACACACCUUCACACACACUUUCACUGAGAAGAUGUUUCCAUUCAUUAGCACUUGGGAUAUUGUCCCACUGAAGAUAUCACCAGUGAAGGUGUGUGUGACAGUGGAACAGAGCAGUUAGAGAUAAAGAGGAAGAUUAUAUUCAUAAUGUUUAUUUAUUAAAGAGAAAAUUCGCUGAAUUUAACCUCUGAAUCUGCACCUGUCCUUCUAAUGUCUCAUUAAUACAAAAAUAUCCUUGUUUUUUUUGUUUAAGAUAUGUUUAGUUUUACUUAUUGUUUGUUUAGUUUGACAUUCUUUGUUUUUGUUUACCUAUUUUUUGUAAUUCAUCUAGCUGACACUUUUAUCCAACCGAUUUACAAUACAACCCAAAAAUUUCUACUUCUACUCCGCUACAUUUCAGAGAGAAAUAUUGUACUUUUUACUCCACUAAUCUUAGUUGACAUCCUCCGUCUCUACACUUAAACAUUGUUCGCUUGUUAUCCGGUAAAAAUUUGUUU